AUGGUUUCUUCAAGUGCAUCUACUCCCAAAGAGCUAUUUGUUCAGAGGCGCAAGGAAUUUGAAAGCAACCCCGAUUCAGCCAGCGAUAUCGAUGCAUACAAUCGGAGAGAUGAUACCCAUAACUAUACGGUGAUAAAGGGUUUCAUUCCUCCGCCUCUGGUCGGAAAGCCAGCACCCGGCGGUAAAACUGUGUGGCGCAAGAGCGACACGUUCUUUACAGAUUUCAAGUUGAACCACCCUGCGCAAGUACUCUCCGAGACUGACACACUGUAUGUCAUUGGAAAUACUGCAAGCCACGACACCAGGCAAUACCUUGCGAAAUGGGAUCCCGAUGGCAAGGACAAAACGCCUUCCGCUGGCAUGGCCUAUGUCCAUCUGUUGGUGAUACCGAAGAAACGAAUCUAUAACAUUGUUGCCAUGAAGGAGACUGGUUUUAUAGACGAGAUGACGAGCCACUUCAAGUCCUUUUGGCAAUCAGCGGAGGCUAUCGAUAAGACUACAGUUUGGCUGGAAACUGCAGUAAAGAACCGUGCUGCUGCUGCCCGAAAGAGUGUCGAGUCGCACUCACCGGAGCUUCUCGAGGAAUUUGACAACACCAUGCAGGAGGUUCGUAAGUCGGCCAAGCAGUUGAACGAAAUUCUUAGAGCUAGAACGCAAUCGGUUGACGAGCUCUUCAAUUUCUAUUUCCACCCUGCACCCGAUGCGAGCAUUGCCCAUCUGCAUAUGCAUUGUGUUCUAAAGGACAAAGUAUUCCGAGAAUUUAGCACAUAUGCUCAUGACUGGAAGUCUGUCCCCGUCCACGACGUGAAAGAGGUCAUCAAUAGCCCCAGAAGGUGCGAUGAGACUUCCACGACGCUUUUAUGGAGUUGGAUACUGAGAAAAUAUCAGGAGUUAACCAAAUACGUCGGGAUGAAAGGAGCUCAGAACUCCAAGUAA